AGGGCAGGGCAGCGGCUGAUAGAGGAACUCACACCAUCUACGACAAACAUGAAGAACGCCUGAGUCCAAACUCACAGCACAUCAGCAUUAUAUACACUGUAUAUCUAUCUAUCUAUCUAUAAGGCAUCAUGACUGAGAGCUGUCACACAGAUUUGACGGCGGAGGAGCAGAUGGAGAUCGAGCGGCUGAAGAUGCACAAGCAGAUCCUGCUGGAGGACAUCGAGAAACUGAAGAACCAGAUUGAAAACGUCAUGGCAGACAUCCAGGAUUUCAAAUCAGCGGAAGACAAUAAGAUGCUGGAGAGAGAGAAACGCUUCUGUAGCGGCAAGAAGAAAUUCAACAUGGAUCCUAAAAAGGGAAUCAAGUAUCUGGUGGAUAAUGGGCUUCUGGAUUGGAAACCAGAGCGAGUGGCUGAGUUUCUGUAUAAAGAGGAAGGACUGAACAAGACCGCCAUCGGAGACUUCCUGGGGGAGAGGGAAGACAUGCACCUUCAGAUCCUCAAAGCGUUCGUGGAGCUGCACGAGUUUUCCGAUCUGAACCUGGUCCAGGCGUUACGGCAGUUCUUGUGGAGUUUCCGUCUGCCGGGCGAAGCUCAGAAGAUCGACCGCAUGAUGGAGGCCUUCGCCACGCGCUACUGUAACUGCAACGCUGACGUCUUCCAGUCCACAGACACGUGUUACAUCCUGUCGUUCGCCAUCAUCAUGUUGAACACGAGUCUGCACAAUCCCAACGUGAAGGACAAGACCUCGCUCGGGAGAUUCAUCAGCAUGAACCACGGCAUCAACAACGGCCAAGAUCUGCCCGACGACCUUCUGACGAAUCUGUACAACAGCAUACGCAACGAACCCUUCAAAAUCCCAGAGGAUGAUGGGAAUGAUCUGACGCACACCUUCUUCAACCCGGACCGAGAGGGCUGGCUGCUUAAACUGGGCGGUCGUGUGAAGACGUGGAAGAGGCGCUGGUUCAUCCUGACCGAUAACUGCCUGUAUUAUUUUGAGUUUACCACGGACAAAGAACCCCGCGGCAUCAUUCCUCUGGAGAACCUGUGUGUGAAGGAAGUCAUGUUUCCACGCAAACCGUAUUGUUUGGAGCUGUAUAACCCCAACAGCCGGGGUCAGAAGAUCAAGGCGUGUAAGACAGAGACGGAUGGACGUGUGGUGGAAGGCAAUCAUCAGUCCUACACAAUCUGUGCUGCUUCGGCCGAGGAGAGAGACGAAUGGAUCGAAUCCAUCCGGGCUAGCAUCACUAAGGACCCCUUCUAUGAUCUAGUGUCCACUCGCAAAAAGAAAGUCAUCAACAAAGUGGCAGAGAAAUGAUGAAACGACUGAAUUACAAAUCUACAGAACUAUAAGAGAGCACUGCUUAUUUAUUAUAGCUCAGGAGAUCAGCUCUUCCUCAGAGAUACUGAUUCAAAUGAGUCAACAGAGUAUGAAUCAAUGAACUGAAUGUUAAGCAGCUCUGAUGAUUUGAAGAGAAUGCUGAGUUCAUAUUGAGAUGAUUUGAGACAUUGUAGAGAUCUUUUCUGAACGAUUCAUUCACAGCUUGUUUAUUUCAAUGUCAUUUCUCAGAGGUUUCUUUCUCUCACAAAAUAUAAGAAGUAUCGACUCUGACAAUGCUUCUGAAAUAUGAAAUCAGGAAAUCAUAAGGAAAAGUAAAAACAGGGCCAAAUGAGUCACUAGUUCUCGUCCAGCGAGAUGCUGUUUGAUGAGAUUUGAUCGGGAUGUUUUCUCAAACUCUAGAAAGUUUAUUUGAUCUCAUGAAGAGACUGAGAUCGUCAUGUUUCACAGAAAGCUGUGAAUGCUUUUUAUGUAAAAUACUUUUGUAAAUAUUAUAGAUCAUACAGUGUUAAAGAUUAUAGGUUAUAAAUUGUACAAAAUCUUAUUUAAUUAAAGUUAUUUGAGACUAAAUGUCUUGUGAUUGUAGUUAAUGAACUGUUCAGACUCAA